AGAUAUCUAUUGGAUAAAACAAAGUCAACUGAGCGAUUCUGAAAAAUGAUUGGGGGAAAUUACCUGACAAAACUACUUUCUUCCUUGUCAAUUCACCCAAACACGCACUGCGUGUGACUGUGUGUGCAUAUCAUUAUCACCGAUUAAUCGGCGACGACAAUGGAACCAAUAAAUAGGACGGAGUUAACGGCGAUUGAGUCUCCGUUAGAGAUGGUGCUCACGGCGGCUUCGUUGAUACCAAUCACUCAUCAUUUAUUGGGAUUUUCGUUGAUUUUAAUCGUUUUCCUCUACAAUUUUCUCGAGAUUCAUUUCCUGCAAGACCUGUUCACCGGAUUCAGGGGGCAGCCGGUGGUUUUGAAUAUCGAUACUUGCUCUCAACUCUACCGCGACGUCGUUUCCAAGUGUAAAACUCUUCAUGGAAGGUAUUUAUCAACUCCAUGGUUAUGCAGUCCAAAUCUUCAGACAACUUUUCUUCAUUAUUUUGGAAAUCCCCCGGCUGUCAGUUACAAAAGGCACAUUUUUAUGACCUCUGAUGGUGGAACUCUAGCUUUGGAUUGGGUGGAGAAUGCCCAAGUUAAGGGGCUAGCCUUUCAAGUUGAUGGUCCUGUGCAGAAAGACGGUGAAAAUCCCAUCUUAAUUAUUGUUCCUGGUUUGACAAGUGCAUCUGAUUCAGCUUAUGUUAAACAUCUGGCAUUCAUUAUGGCUAAACGAGGAUGGAACGUUGUUGUAAGCAAUCAUCGGGGACUAGGUGGUGUAUCGAUUACUUCGGACUGCUUCUACAAUGGUGGAUGGACAGAGGAUAUAAGAAAUGUGAUCAACCAUAUUCACUGCCAAUACCCCGAGGCUCCGUUAUAUGUAGUUGGCACUAGCAUAGGUGCUAACAUGCUGAUAAAAUACCUUGCUGAGGAGGGAAUGAAUGCUCCAGUGGUUGGAGCUGCCGCAAUCUGUUCACCUUGGGAUCUUUUGAUAUGUGACAGAUUUAUGAACCGCAAACUCAUACAGAGGCUUUACAACAAAGCUUUGGCGGUUGGCUUGAAAGACUAUGCCCAAAUGCAUGAAGCUGUCCUUUCUCGAAUUUCAAACUGGGAAGGCGUUCAAAAGUCACGUUCAGUUCGGGACUUUGAUGAUGCAGCAACUCGUGUUCUUGGUAACUAUGAGACCGUGGAUACCUACUAUAGGCGUUGUAGCAGUGCUAAUUUUGUGGGAAGUGUAAUGGUGCCCCUUCUUUGCAUCAGUGCUUUAGAUGAUCCUAUAUGUACACGCGAAGCUAUUCCAUGGGAUGAGUGCAGGUUAAAUAAAAACGUUGUGUUAGCUACAACAGAACAUGGAGGGCAUUUACCUUUUUUCGAAGGGUUAACUGCAACAAGUGUCUGGUGGGUAAGGGCAGUGGAUGAAUUUUUCAGUAUUCUGCAAUCCAGUCCCCGGGAAAUAGAGAUUUCAGUCCCCUCCGUCAACCCUGGAGAGCCAUCCAUCGAUCAAGCCCCUUACGUGCAUCUCUGUCAAGACGGCAUGGUUGGUGGAGUAAGCGAUGAAACACAAGUCGAACACCAAGAACAAAAUAAAUCAGGAGACAGAAUCCAUGUUGAACUCAACCAGCCACCAAAUACUGAUCAAGGUAUGGCCACUAUUGUUGCUCCGGUGAUGAAACGCCUGAAUCAACUCUCUCGUCAGAAUCGGACAUCUCUGUGGCUGCUGGCCUACAUUGCCUUCCUUACUACCUGGCCACUCGUGGGCUCUGCGGUGUCUGUUUUCUUCAGAAAAAGAUUUCAAGCUCGUUUCUCCUCCCUAUAAAUUGCACCUCAAAUGCUUGUAUUCAUAUGUAACACAUGAGAUAGAUAUAAAAACAUAGCAUCAGUUUUACAGACGACUACCAAGCUUCGAUGCUUCUUUUAGUCAGCAAAUUCUAUUACUAUAUUAAUUUAACUUUGUUUUAA